AGGCUCCUCCCCCUCCUCCUCACAGGCCAGGCAGAAACAGAGCUGCUGGAGUUAGCUAGUGUUUGUUAUGCUGUGGAAUUUUAUUCAGAUCCUGUUUAAGAGAGGUUCUACAGUUUCAUCUUGUCGUGAUGCCUCGUGGAAGAUCAGCAAGUGCUCAUUCUGACAGCAGCGACAUCGACAUUGAUGGAGCCGCGGAGACAGAGAUGGGUAAACUGCAGAGGCAGUUCCGCACUAUGGAAGGAGAUCGGCAGGCGUACAGCUUCCAGUCGCAGGAGCGCAUCCGCAAACAGCGUUUGGAGAUGGAGAAGCUUCGGGAGGAGCAGGAGGAGCUGCAGAGGAGUCUGCGAGUGUCUCAGAGCCAAACGCGCAAACAGAGCGACAGCCGAGAUGUCCAGCAGCUGCGCACUCUCCUGUCCCAGCGAGACCAGCUGGACGAGCAGCUGGAGAGAGAGAGAACUGAACAGGCUGAGCUGGAGCAAGAGAUCCAAGCUCUUGAGAGAAAACAUAAAGAACUAAUAAAAGAAGAGGUCAGCACAAACAACAGCAAGAAGUCUCUGCCCCGACAAAUCCAGAAGACCUCUCGCACCCUGGAAUAUAAGCUGGACCGGGCUCUCGUUCGCUUCAACGAGCAGCUGACCAGGAAUCGUCAGCUGAGAGAGGAGCUGGAGACGCUGCAUGUGGAGAGGGUCCGCUUUCAGCAGCUGCAUGGCAGGCUGGAAAAGGAGCUUCAGGAAAUCCGGCAGGAGAUCGGGGAUGUCAUUAGCAGGUCUACAGCAGCUUAUGAUGCGAGAGUGGAAGCCCAGGCAAAGAUGACAAUGAUUAAGGACAAGGCAGUAAAGGACCUGGCUCAGUAUAACGCUGAGGUGAAGGAGUUGGAGAGGGUCAUCGCCCACGAGCGCUGUCUCAAAGAGUUCAUGAACACCAAGAGCAACGAGAGGAGCAGCCUGGAGGACACACAGGACCUCAGCCGCAGACAAGAAAUGAAGGAACAGCCGAGGACAGACUCUCAGCAGGAGACUCUGGAGACGCUUGAGGAAGUUUUCCAGAAGAUCCAGAAGGUGACAAACGAGGAAGAUUUGGAAUCAUUGGUCACCAGAUUUAUCCAGGUUGAGGACAAGAACUUCGCUCUCUUUAAUUAUGUGAAUGAGCAGAACACCCAAGUGGAAGCUUUAAGAGAUCAGAUCAAUCAGACCAAAGAGGAGAUGGAGAGGUUUCAUAUGGAGGGUCUGCAGCAGGAACUGGAGCAUCAAGCAGCUCUAAAAGAAAUAGAGGAGCAGCGGAGAGAAGCUGAGGCACACGCCGUUGACAAUGAAACCCAAGCCAAUGAGAUCAGCGAGAUCCUGGACCAGAUAAAGACAGGAGUGAGUACUGUACUAAAGACGAUUAAUUUCGACCAAUCAAUGGUGGAGUACUUGCCGGGCUCCUCCUCUGGGAUCAGAAACAACAACAUCAUGACCUACCUCAGCCUGGUGGAGCAGAAGACUAACGAGAUGCUCACCAUUCAGGCCUUCGUCAACUCCAAAGACUUGGACAAGGACUAUGACCCUAAGGAGGUGGCUCAGUUACUGCUUGGGCAAAGUCAAACCCUACAUAAAGAAGCUGAUGGAAUCCAGCCUUCUUUUGACGGAGAGGAGUACAACACAGAUGAAUCACUAAUAACAGAACAGGAUGACCAGCCUUUGACUGUUGAAGAACUGCGUCGGCGCAUCAUGAACGGGGUAAGCCUUAAAGAAGCAGGGCUGCCUGCUGGAAGGACCAGAGAGGGCAAGUUUUCUAAGCUUAGCACAUAUUCCGACAGGCAAGACUCUCCAGAUCUCUGAAAAUCCAACCUGCUUGUCGCAAAUGUGUCAUGAACAAUACAAAUUACAUCAACAACUAACUAUAUGCAUUAUGGGUGAGCGAUAUGGCCCUAAAAUAAUAAUACAUUAUUUUAUUUAUUAUUAAUUAUAAUUAUUAAUUUUAAUAAGAAUAAAAAAUAUAUAUAUUUCUAGAAUACACUACUGCAACAAAAUGAAAAUUAAAUUUUAUUACUGCAUACGAUAUGAUAUGUCACACCCCUAACUGAGAUAUUUAAAAAAUACAAUUAUUUUAUCACAUAUGUAACAGAAUCAAUAAUCCAGAGGUCAUGAUACUAAUAAAAAUGCACUUCAUAAUUAAAACAAUGUGAUUUUUUUCCUUUUGCUAAAAACAGCAACCCUGAUGUGUGAUAUGACACGAUACUUCAGGUUAUAAUAUUGUUCACGAUGCUCAAAAAAUGUUGGCAAUAUUAUUGCGUAAAAUACAAUAUGGCACAGCCCUAAUAUACAUAAAUUUACAGUUGUAAUAAAUUAUCUAGCUUUUAUUCCCUUAUCAGUGUGAUGUGUCUAUCAAUCCCCACUGCACUGCAGCAGCAGACCUAAAGGGGGCAGCACAGACCUUAGUUGUCAUUUGUAAUGUUUAGGUGCAGUUCUCUUAAUAAAGCUUAUCAGAUUUAAUUGAUGUCCAUCAGUUCAUAAUUUAUUAAUUAAAUGGCAUCAUCAACGCUAAGCCUUGAUUGUUGGAAAACCAGCCAGCCGAAUCAUUUUUUGCAUUCAUUGUUUACAAAAUAUAUAAAUAACUGUGAUUAAAUAUGGUCCCGAUCGAUAUUUCCUGGUAUUGUUGUCUUAAACACAUUCAAUCUGCUACUUCCAAACAAUGAGUUAUUUUGUGGUGUGUAUUUCUCUAUCGUUUACACAAUAAUUGCUGAUUUUGACUUACAUGCCCUUGACUAUUUUAGGCUUUCUAUUCAGAAAACAUAGCCGGACAGGAAAUUAAGGGAGACAAUGUUUCUAAAUAGUCAUCCGCUGGUACUUUUGCCCUGUUUUGCCCCUCUCUGUCAAGGUUCACCGCUGUGGAUUACCAGUGGUUCUGUACCAUAGCCUAACAUAGCUUAACAAAGACACCACUAUAGACACACUUUAUUUUUAGAGUGUUAAUGGCCUUUAGAUACUCAAAUUAAUAGCUGAAAGUAUCUGAAAUCACAGUUUUCUGUAAUGUGAAACAAGUGUAUUAAAUUAAAACAAAAAUAAAAUGGCAUUUUCUGAUUGAUGUUGAGAAAAUAAAUAUAUCACACAA